AUGGCUCGUGGUACGCUAAGUGAAAACGAGCGCCAUUGCUUAGAUGCAGGCGCAAAAAGCCAGCCAGAGCGGUUGCAAGACGCAGAAAAAACAUUUAGCGAUUGCAAAUCUAAUGGACUGAGAGUUCGCUUCCUCGAUGAAGAAGGGAAGACUGAACGGACGGUCAGCACUGACGCGGUCGACUGCACCGUGUCACGAGUCAAGAAAAUUCAUAUACUAAAAAACAGGAGCUCAAGUGAAACUAGCAUUCUCCUUAGGAAUCCAUCGCUUAUCCAACGACGCUUGACUUCUGAACGUCGGUAUAGUGACGGACAAACUGACACCCUCAACAAUAAUUCUCUUAGUGAAAAUCUGAAUGGGAAAUCGCAUACCGAAAACGCAAAGACUGGAGACCAAGCCAAAGAAAGUCAAAGCUUUAAGAAGAACUGCAACGUAUAUAGCGUGAAUCAGGCGAAGACCUUGACUCCUCAACGUAAAAAGCUACCUUUAACAAUACCUAGAUUGAUAGCUCAUAGAGAGAAUGAAGGAAAGUCUAUCCUUCCAGCUGAAGUAAGUUUGGCAGAUGGAGCAUCUGGAAAGGAUUUUACGGCUCGUGCAAUCGGCAGAUUGUCGCGUGGUCUAGGCAGGCUACUGCGACGCACUAACAGCGUACGCAUCAGCGAACCAGACCCGGUGUACAAGGUGGCAUAUCUCGGGAACGUGCUCACUGGAUGGGCGAGAGGUGAGUUAUCACUGUUUACAUUACGA